AUGGCUAACCCCGACGUCCCGCCCCCGUACAGUCGCCUCGAAGACACCCCUCCAUGUUACGAUCCCGAGAAGGCAUUGGCCGAGUUCAACGCCCUCUCGUCCGACCAGAAAGCCAAAGUCAGUGUAGGCGUUGCUCAAGCCGCGAGUCGGGACGAUGCCGCGUCGCACUUCGAGGAGGCCGCGAACGCUGCUGCAGAAGCCGCUGACAAAAUCGACACCAUGUUCGUGACUCUGACGGCGAAACUGAUCAGCCUCCAGGACACGGAGGAUUUUGUGAAGGAAUUCGGCGGCAUCAAGGGGGAUUAUCGCGUCGUCGUAUCGGAUUCGCAUGACCUGGCUAUCAGCAUUGCGCAAUACGCUGAAUCAUUUGACGACGUCGUUGUCAAAUUCUGCGCGGAUGACCGCCUUACAGUCGAACGACGCAAGGAGAAGAUUGACGAAUUCAUAAAGAGAAGCGAAGGCAUCCACAAAGACGCAAAGGCCAUGGAAGACCGGUUCACCAAACUCACAGACAGGUUCUCCGUGUUCGUCGGAAGCUUCUCAACGUGGGCGAAGGCCCGCGAGGAGGCAGACCAAGAGAAGAUCAAACAGCUGCUGAAAGAAAUCGGUGAUAUCGACGAGCAGCUGUCCAAGAUACAAACCGCGAUCUAUGCCAUUAGCGCGGCACUGGCAGUGACGCUCCCAGUCACGGGUAUCUUGGCCGUCGUCUUCCUGCCGGCUGCACCGUGGAUCAUGGGGAUCGGCUGCGUGAUUGCUGGUGUCGAGCUUGGGUCGCUGACCGGGCUGCUUAUUGCGCAAAACAUUCUGCUCAACGACAAGCGUACCAAGGAAAAUCAGAUCAAGGACCUGCAGGAUGAGAUCAGCAAGAUCAAGGCGGCGCGCACGCAGCUCGAGGAGGAAGGCCAGGCUGACCUUCUCAUCUUCACCUCCAAUAUCAAGGCCAUUGCGGGUAUAUGGAAUAAUGUCAAGAACAAUGCGACAGAAAUCAAGAAGUGGCUCGAGGACGGUGCGAAAGAUGCUGACGUCCCGGAGUACAUGAAAUUAUCGCUGGAGAAAGCUGUGAAGGUCUACUCGGCCAUGGCCCAAUACCUGAAGAAUUAUGCCAACGGGGUCAAGACCAAGGUCGAGAGUUUCAAGGCGUGA